ACGAUCCGCUGCAUGGAGGACUACCAGUGAUGAAAAGAAAGCUAUGGACCAGGCUAGUGAAGAGAUAUGGGCAGAUUUUAGACAAGCUGCUGAAGCCCACAGACAAGUAAGGAAAUAUGUCAUGAGUUGGAUCAAGCCAGGAUUGACAAUGAUCGAAAUCUGCGAAAAGCUGGAAGAGUGCUCUCGCAAGCUUAUCAAAGAGAAUGGGCUGUAUGCUGGUCUUGCGUUCCCCACAGGCUGCUCCUUAAACAACUGCGCAGCCCACUACACUCCUAAUGCUGGUGAUACCACAGUCCUGCAAUAUGAUGAUGUGUGCAAAAUUGACUUUGGAACCCAUAUCAAUGGUCGUAUCAUUGACUGUGCUUUCACUGUAACAUUCAAUCCAAAGUACGACAAGCUGCUUGAAGCUGUCAAAGAUGCAACAAACACUGGGAUAAAGUGUUCUGGUAUUGAUGUGCGUUUAUGCGAUGUUGGUGAAGCAGUGCAAGAAGUUAUGGAGUCAUAUGAAGUGGAAAUUGAUGGCAAGACUUAUCAAGUAAAACCCAUAAGGAAUUUGAAUGGCCAUUCCAUUGGGCCUUAUAGAAUACAUGGUGGAAAAACUGUACCCAUUGUGAAAGGUGGAGAAGCAACACGAAUGGAGGAAGGUGAAGUGUAUGCAAUAGAAACAUUUGGGAGCACUGGAAAGGGAGUUGUUCAUGAUGACAUGGAAUGUUCUCACUACAUGAAGAACUUUGAUGUUGGACAUGUGCCUAUUAGACUUCCACGAGCAAAACACUUGUUGAAUGUCAUCAAUGAGAAUUUUGGCACUCUUGCUUUCUGCCGCAGAUGGCUGGAUCGACUUGGAGAGAGUAAAUACUUAAUGGCGCUAAAGAAUCUGUGUGAUUUGGGUAUAGUAGACCCCUACCCACCACUCUGUGACAUCAAAGGGUCUUACACAGCACAAUUUGAGCACACUAUACUAUUGCGCCCAACCUGCAAGGAAGUUGUGAGCAGAGGAGAUGAUUAUUAAAGCUAUUGUAGAACUUG